AUGACACGAAAAAACAUCCGCUCUUUGAGCGUGAUCGCAUGUACUCUAGAACCGGCCCACUGGAUAGCACAGUGGUUGGCUAACCUCAAGCAAGCAUGUUUCUUACGAGAACUCUCGGUGGUAUUUUACAGAGACGCUUUCGGCGUGCCAGUCUCAGUCCAAUCUGCCGGGUCAAGUUUAGACCUCAGCCCUUUUGCCAACGAACUUCACAUUCUUCGUCUGGGAAGCAUCAAUAUCAACUGGACUGCGUACACAUUCACCAGGCUCUGUGUACUGAAGCUAAUCGACAUUCGUCUAAACAUAAGGGAAUUUCAGCAUAUUUUAGCAUCUGCUCCCAUAUUCGAAGUCCUAGAACUCACAAGGGGCGCGCUAAGGCCUCCCCUGGGCCAGACAGCUCAAACCCAUCUUUCUGUCGAACAUGAAAUCCUUGCGCCUAUGGUAUAUGCACGAGCGCCCAAUUAG